AUGGGCCAAACCACUGUCGGUAGCCCACGUCUGCAUAAGAGUGUUGCUAGUAGCGUUGAUGACGGCGAGCUGAGGCAUGGGGGCACCGUUGCUCUUGCCGCUAACCUGGUUCUGGUCGACGACCCGGACAAUACCACCUCCGUCGCCAACAUACAGCUCAUUGCGAUCUGGCAGAACAGCCAGCCCGUUGGGACCCGAGACAUUGUACUCAUUGGCACCGUUCGCCUUGAAGAGUCCAACGAAGCCGGUAAUAACGGUAGUCUGGCUCUCUUUCUGCAAGUCGACCACAUGGACCCCGUUAUUCACUCGAUCCGAGAGAUAGUAGGUGCCAUUGAAGAUCACGCUUUGAUCAACGCUGGUGGUGUUCUUGGCACUCGGGCCAGCAAAGGCCAAAAGGAAGAGAAGACGGUUAUCAAAGAUCAUCUUGUCUACGUUCAAAAUGAAGGCACUGAAGACGGGUACGAGCAGGAAGCAGAGAAGAGUUUUGAACAAUACCUUUUUUUCGAGACCCGUCUUCAUCCCCAAUUACAUCUUAUAUAG